AUGGCUGCACCAGACGAUGACAUCCAGGAGUUUGAGGAUGAAGAGGAGGUUGCCAUGGAAGGUACGCCGUCUACAGCAGCGGGAAAUGCUGAUCUAAAUCGGAAACACUACUUUGUCAAAGAGCUUCGCUGUAUGCUGUACGGAUUUGGAGACAGCAGAGUUCCAUACACGGAAACCGUGAAUCUCCUCGAGGAAAUCGUCCUCUUUUUCCUCAGGACGUUCACAAUCCGUGCUAUGGAAAAUGGACGGCCGGGAAAGAUUUUGCUUCAAGAUAUUUGGUAUCUUAUUCGGAGAGAUGCGCGAAAGUAUGCUCGAGUUAAAGACCUGCUGCUGAUGAACGAGGAGUUGAGAAGAGCAAGAAAAGCGUUUGACGAAGCAAAAUACUAA